CCUGUCCUUGGUCCUGUCCUUGGUCCUGUCCUUGGUCCUGCCAAACUUUGAUUGAGCCUGCUCUUCCCGCUCCGUCUUGCCCUAUUCCCUCACUGCCUCUCGGACUGUGCUUGGCCAUCUGCCUUCGUUUUUCUCUCUCCCCUCACAUCUAUUCAUCUUCUCGAUCCCCAUCCCCUCUAUCUGAGUUUGCUUCUCCACCAUCUCUGCCAUGGCCACCCCCACGACGCCUUCCAUGAGGAAGAUGGGUCGCAUGUCCGCUCAGAAUCUGGCCGAAGUUCUGGCCUCUAUGCGCGACGACCCCAACAAGGCCCAACACACUCUCCUCGUUGCCAACCGAGGCGAGAUUGCCAUCCGCAUCAUUCGCGCUGCUCACGAGCUCGGCAUGAAGGCCAUCAGUAUUUACUCGCAUGAGGACCGUCUGUCCAUGCACCGAUACAAGGCCGAUGAGUCGUAUCAGAUCGCUCCUCAGGGCGUUUACACUGCCGUUGGUGCCUAUCUGGCUAUCGACGAGAUCAUCAAGAUUGCCAAAGUCCACGGCGCGAAUGUGAUCCAUCCAGGCUAUGGCUUCUUGGCUGAGAACGCUGAGUUUGCUCGCAAGGUCGAGGCCGCCGGCCUUGCCUUUGUUGGCCCUCGACAUGAGGUCAUUGACUCGCUUGGCGACAAGACCAAGGCCAGAGACAUUGCCCUCAAGACCGGCGUUCCUGUCGUUCCUGGUACCCCCGGUCCCGUCAAGAGCCUUGCCGAGGGACAUGCUUUUGUCAAGCAAUACGGCUUCCCAGUCAUCAUCAAAGCCGCCAUGGGCGGUGGCGGCCGCGGCAUGCGAGUCGUCCGCGACGAGAGCUCUUUUGCCCAGCUCUUUGAGCGCGCUUCGUCCGAGGCUCUGGCGGCCUUUGGCGACGGCACUGUCUUCAUCGAGCGUUUCCUCGAGCGACCCCGCCACAUCGAGGUCCAAAUCCUGGCCGAUGGCUCCGGCAAUGUCAUCCACAUGUUUGAGCGCGACUGCUCGAUCCAGCGACGCCACCAGAAGGUCGUCGAAAUGGCUCCUGCUCUCGAUCUUCCCGAACCGGUCCGUGCUGCCAUCUUGGCCGAUGCCAUCAAGCUUGCCAAGUUCGUCAACUAUCGCAACGCCGGCACGGCAGAGUUCCUCGUCGACCAGCAGAACCGCCACUACUUUAUCGAAAUCAAUCCUCGCAUCCAAGUCGAGCACACCAUCACUGAGGAGAUCACCGGCGUGGAUAUUGUCAUUGCCCAGAUCCGCAUUGCGCUUGGCGCCACUCUCGAUCAGCUUGGUCUCUCUCAAGAGUCCAUCAAGACCCGCGGCUACUCGAUCCAGGCCCGUGUGACCACCGAAGACCCUUCGCGCCACUUCCAGCCCGACACUGGCCGCAUCGAGGUCUAUCGCUCCUCCGGUGGAAACGGUGUCCGUCUCGAUGGCGGCCCGGGCUUCAGCGGCGCCAUCAUCACGCCCUUCUACGACUCACUCCUCGUCAAGGUUAUUUGCACUGGCAGCAACUUUGAAGCUGCUCGACGCAAGCUUCUGUGCAACUUGCUCGAGUUCAGAGUUCGCGGUGUCAAGACCAACAUCCCGUUCCUCAUCCGUCUGCUGACCCACGAGACUUUCUCCUCUACCGGCAAGCUCUGGACAACCUUCAUCGACGACACUCCAGAGCUUUUGAUCGGCAACGAGACCAAGAACCGCGGCCAGAAGCUCUUGCGCUAUCUCGGCGACCUUGCCGUCAACGGCAGUCGCAUUUCUGGCCAGCAGGGCCUGCCCCAGCUCCAGGACACCAUUUCCGUGCCCAGUAUCCCCGGAGUCUCGGACGACGAUGCUACCAUCCCCUGCCAAAGCGGUUGGCGCAAGAUCUUUGUCGAGAAGGGUCCAGAGGCCUUCUGCAAGGCAGUCCGCGCACACCGUGGAGCCCUCAUCAUGGACACCACCUGGCGUGAUGCCCACCAGUCUCUGCUGGCCACCCGAGUCAGAACCAUCGACAUUGCCAAGAUUGCUCCGGCAACCUCCCAUGCCUUCCAGAAUGCCUUUGCCUUUGAAAUGUGGGGCGGCGCCACCUUUGAUGUUGCCCUGCGCUUCCUGCACGAGUGCCCCUGGAAGCGUCUGGAGGCUCUGCGCCGCCUGGCUCCCAAUGUGCCCUUCCAGAUGCUACUGAGAGGUGCCAACGGCGUUGGAUACACCAACUACCCCGACAAUGUCAUCUACGAGUUCUGCAAGGUCGCCAAGGAGAAGGGCGUGGAUAUUUUCCGUGUCUUUGACUCGCUCAACUACAUUGACAACCUCAAGGUUGGCAUCGAAGCUGUGAUCAAGGCCGGCGGUAUCGCCGAGGGCACGAUCGCAUACACUGGCGACGUCUCAGACCCCGAGCGCAAGAAGUACGAUCUCAAGUACUACCUGGACCUCACCGACCAACUUGUCGCCGCGGGCACCCACAUCCUCGGCAUCAAGGACAUGGCGGGUCUGCUCAAGCCCAAGGCCGCUCGUCUCUUGGUCGGUGCCAUCCGCCAAAAGUACCCUGACUUGGUCAUUCACGUCCACACCCACGAUACCGCCGGUACCGGUGUUGCCACCUACCUGGCUGCCGUCGAGGCUGGUGCUGACGUUGUUGACGUCGCUGUCGACAGCAUGUCCGGCCUCACCUCGCAGCCUUCCAUGGGUGCCGUGAUUGCCGCCGUCGAAGGCACCGAUGACCACACUGGCAUCAACCUCGACUCGGUUCUGGCCAUCAACGCGUAUUGGGAGCAGAUCCGCCUGCUGUACUCGUGCUUCGAUCCCAACGUCAAGAGUGGUGACUCGGGCGUCUAUCUGCACGAAAUGCCUGGUGGCCAGUACACCAACCUGCUCUUCCAGGCCACCCAAAACGGUCUCGGCACCCAGUGGGACGAAAUCAAAAAGGCCUACGCCGUCGCCAACCGCCUCUGCGGCGACAUCGUCAAGGUCACGCCCUCGUCCAAGGUUGUCGGUGACUUUGCCCAGUUCAUGGUCUCCAACAAGCUCACCGAGCAGGACAUCUAUGACCAAGCCGAAACGCUCUCGUUCCCCAAGUCGGUCCUGGAGUACUUCCAGGGUCUCCUUGGCCAGCCGUCGUAUGGCUUUGUUGAGCCUCUGCGCACCCGCAUCUUGACCGGAAAGAGCCUCAAGGCCAUCCACGAGCGUCCCGGCAAAAACCUUCCCUCGCUCGACCUGAAUCUCCUCAAGCAGGAUCUGGAGGAUCACUGGGGCCGCGGCCUUAUCGAUGACCAAGACGUCCUGAGCGCCGCCCUCUAUCCCAAGGUGUUCGAGCAGUUCAAGCGCACCGAGGACAACUACGGCGAUCUUUCGGUGCUCCCCACCCACCGCUUCCUGUGUCCGCUCAAGGUCGGCGAGGAGUUCUCGUUCAUGAUUGCCAAGGGCAAGACUCUGAUCAUCAAGCUGAUUGCUAUCGGCCAGCUCCACGAAGAAGCCGGCACCCGCGACGUCUUUUUCAUGCUCAAUGGCGAGGCUCGUGUGGUUUCGGUCCUUGACGACGCAGCCCAGGACCUGCUCAAGUCCAGCGGCAAAACCCGUCCCAAGGCCGACCCUUCGGACAAGCUCCAGCUCGGCGCGCCCAUGCCUGGCUCGGUCCUGGAAGUCCGUGUCAAGGUCGGCACCGAGGUCAAGCUCGGCGACCCCAUCGUUGUCCUCAGUGCCAUGAAGAUGGAGACUGUUGUCACUGCCACGGUAGCAGGCGUUGUUUCCCAGGUUCUGGUCAACGAGGGCGACUCGCUCAACGCCGGCGACCUGAUCAUCAAGAUCGACAAGAAGGAGUAAAGCUUCGCCCCCAUCCAUGAUCGCGGCCCUUCCUUUACCCGGGUGUGUUGGGGGGCUCCCUUGCAUGUACGCUUCAAUGCUCUUCGGCCAGCGGUUCUGUGGAGCGACCUGCGUCCCCCCCCCGGCGUGAGAGGGGAGGGUACCUUUGCGUUUCCCUAUUUGACUUACUCCUUUUCAUCACAUUUUGGUUGAUUGUUCCUGUUCAUUUCCUUGAGAUUAUCGAUGGGGCAUGUUGGGGUGCUUGGACAAAUGCAAUAAUAUAUUCCGACUCGCCCCCCCCC